CUUUGUUGUGUUUUGUUGUUGGGAGGACACCCCGCCAGCCAGUCAGCGAAGAUGAUGGAAGGACGGGAGGAUACAGAAGAAACGUUGGUGGCAGUGCAGCAAGCAGCUACCACCACCAGCAGGGCAGCAGCGGCACCGAGUGCCCGCACAGGGCGGUACCAACAGCAGCAGCAAACGCAGCAGCAGCAUCAAACGCAGCAGCAUCAGCAGCAGCGUGAGGCAAACAGGGCAGCGGCAACGGCGCCGUUGUUGGCGGGUGCGCGGUCUCCAACAGGGUCGUCGCAUGGGAGCACCGAGCGAGAUGGCGCGGGGGAAGCGCUGCUGAUGACAUCGGAGUUUGAAAUUGCAGACGACGGGCAGGUCGUCGGCAGCCAUGGCACAGCAAUUGGCGGUGGCGGCGUUGGUGCGGGAGAUGAUGAAGACUACGACGAAGACGAACGAAACGUUCCCAUGUGUUGUGGGCUUCGCCGCUUUGUCGUUCUCUGCAUCGGCUUGACCGGCCUCACCUCUGUUCUCCUCGGGUAUGACAUUGGCAUCAUGUCAGGCGCAAAGUUGCAAAUCCAGCGCUAUCUCGACUUGAGCGAUCGGAAGGUCGAGCUCAUGGUUGGCAUCCUCAACUUCAUCAGCGCAUUUGGCGGGCUUGUCUCUGGACGCCUGAGUGACUACAUUGGCCGCAAGCUGACCGUUGCACUGGCGUGCGUCCUCUUCAUCAUGGGCUCUGUUCUCAUGGCGUUUGCGCGCACCUACAACGUCCUCAUGAGCGGCCGCGUCAUCACAGGCGUUGGUGUGGGCACCGGCCUGGCCAUAGCGCCGCUGUACAUGGCUGAGCUGUCUCCGAAGAAAGCACGUGGUGCACUUGUGUCGUUCAACGAGGUUGCCAUCAACAUUGGCAUUCUCUUGGGAUUUCUCGGCGGCUUUGCUUUCUCACACCUGAGCGAGCGCAUUGGGUGGCGGUGGAUGCUCGGGCUUGGCGCUGUCCCGCCUCUUAUCAUCCUCGCCAGCCUCGUCUUCCUGCCAGAAUCACCCCGCUGGCUCAUCAAGCACCGCACACAGGCCGCUGCCCUUGCUGUUCUCCGAAAGACGUGCGGUCCCGUUGAAGCGCAGUCCACACUCGCCCACCUCUUGGCCGACGCUGCACUCGGUGACAGAGGCUCGUGGUAUGAUCUGUUUUCUGGCGGCGCAUCGACACGAAAAUUGUUGCUUGCAGGCAUUGGCGUCAGCUUUUUUCAACAGGCUUCAGGCAUCGAGGCGCUCGUGUAUUAUGUGCCCGAGGUGCUGAAGGAUUCUGGAAUCACGGACGAGCAAGAGCAGCUCUUGGCCAAUGCUGGCAUUGGCGUGAUCAAGGUCCUCUUCAUCUUCGUCGCAAUGCACUUCUCAGACAAGCUUGGACGGAGAAAGCUGCUGCUGAUGAGCGCGUUUGGCAUGGCGGCGGCAUUUGUUGUUGCCGCUCUCAGCUUUGAGCUCGGAAACAUCUUCCAGCUCACCAUCACAGGCAUCAGCCUGUACAUGGCUGCGUUUUCGAUCGGCUUUGGGCCCAUGGCCUGGGUCGUGGCGAGCGAGGUUGUGCCGCUGCAGGUCCGCGGCAUUGCAAUGGGCAUUGCUACUUUCAUCAACCGCAUCCUCUCCGGCACCAUCGCCAUGUCCUACCUCAGCCUGAAGAACGCGCUUUCGUCGGCUGGCACGUUUUAUCUCUUUGGAGCAGUGGCCCUGCUGUCCGCCCUGUUUGUGUACCUCUUUGUGCCGGAAACAAAGGGCCGCGCACUGGAGGACAUUGAGCACGCGCUCGCGGACUUGCCGUGCCGGCACGACUGCCUCGGCUUUAGGAGGGGAGGGCAGACGGCGGCGUCCACCACCAAGUACUCCGCGUUUACGAAUAUGGAACCCCCCGUGACAAUGGCAAACAGCAGCAGCGAAGACGAUGAUGACGACGACGGUGGUGGUGGCGGUGGUGGUGGUGGAGCGCAGCGUGGCGGUGGCAGAUACAGCAGCAGCGGCGGCAGCAGCGGCGCGAGGACCAAGGGUACAGCCGAGACGGCGUUUGACAUGGGUAAAAGCGAGGCUUGAAGUGAACUGGGUGGCACUUGCUCGUUCUUUGUCGCACACCUUGUGGUAGCGAGGGUGUGAACAAGAGCACGUGCUAUGUUGCAUUACAUACAUUACAAGCGUUGACGUUGGGUGAGGUCCUGAGCAACGGUAAUAAAAGUGGUGUGGGUGGAAUACCACACGAUGGUGCGCCAUCACGUUUGGUCAUGUUGUUAUGGACCUUCGCUUCCGGCAACCAAGAGGUCCAUGACAUCACCCCCUCCCCCCUCG